AGAAGAAGAAGAGCAAGAAAAAGCAAAGAGGAGGGAGCAAAGAGCACAGAGCCAGGCCACAGAGAAAAUUAACUUGUGAGUGCGCCCCGCCGCCGUAAAACACCGUUCGAAAUCCGCAUCAUCGCCGUCGGUUGUGUCCACCGCAGUAGUGGGUGUCGGUUUGUGCCCACGGAAGUGUCGCGUACGUUCCGCGGAUAUUGCUCGGUCGCGCGACCCGAAAAGUGAGAAGAGUUCUUUUUCUUUUCCUCCUCUUUUUGCAGCCGUCGGUGCGUGCGUACGUGUGUGUGUGUAUGUAUGUUCGUGUGACGAUGAUGGUGGCGCAGGAAGUGUAAAUCCGUGUGCCCGUUCCGGAAUUUUGGAAGGAAGUAGCCUCCCCUUCGAUUGUGGUCCUCACGGGGGCGUCGUCACAGCGCGGCGUACUUUUUUUUAAGAAGAAAGUUUUCUUGUUGAAGGAGGUAGGAAUUGGGCCCUUGCGGAGGACACAGAAGGAGUGAAAGAGACGGCAAGAGCGCGGACAUUUUUUUUCCCAGCGCCGUGCGAAAAAAGAUUCCGAGUCGUCGACGUUUGAAAUCGAACCCCGAAACUGGGAAUGCAGCGGCCGUGAAAGUGGUCUUCCCGUUUGGCACGCACGGGAAGUUUCGGGAAACGGUUCCCCUUUCCGGGACAGGCGGAAGUCGCUGCACAGUAGAAAUUUUCAGACUGACAGCUCGAGAGGGAAAAAGAAGACCACAACAACAACAAAAACAACAGCAAGAAGGGGUAGUUUGCGGAGCACCCUUUUGGUUAAGAUCGGAUCGAAGAAGGCCCCGUUGGAAUCGAUUCCACUGCAGCAGGCCUGAACCAGCACUCGGAUGUGUUUGUGUGGCGACCACCGUGUGCGGCAAGCAGCAACAACAGCAACAAAACCAACAACUUCAAAGCGCUAAGCUUGGCCUGCCUUGGCUUAACUGACCCGGAGCAGGAAGCGCUCCCAGAAACGGACACACGCCCCCCACGACCUCCCUCAACGAGAAGGAGCGAGAGGGCGCGCAAGAGUAUCUUUUAAGAGUACCCCCGCUGAACCUUCUGCCCCGCCCUCCCCCAACACAACAACUCUGGUCACGCCCCCCCCUCCCCGCUGUUCGUCAUCAAAUGUGCUGCUGGAAAUGAUUAACACAAAGGACGAAGUCGUAAACUGGUUCAAAGAGUUAAAGAGCUACAACCGGAUAGAUACGAUGUGCACCCUGCUCAACAUGUGCCUUCCAUUCGAGCUGCGCUUUCUGGGGACGUGCCUGGAGGAGCUCGGCCGGCGUGACGCCCAGGAGUUGCGCGGCAUCGAGCUGCGCGUCAACAACCCCCAGGAGUUCAUCUCGGACAUUGCGUCCUGCCAAACCGGCGAGCCGACGGACCGGAAGCACCGCCGUAAGAUGGCCCUCUUUCUGGCCCUGAUCCGAGCCUGCAACCACACCUGCGUCAACGAGCUGUUCCGCACGCUGGAAGGCUGGGGCAACCGCGACUUUACCCGGCUCUUCGACGAGGACGUACUGCAGGAGCUGCUGCUCGUGUACACCAUGGCCACCAACCAUCCGGUCUUCUCGUUCGAGCAGCGCAUGAAGUGCGGCGACAUCUUCAACAAACUCAAAAACUGCGAACUGAAACCCGGCCCAGCCGGCAGCGGAAGCCCCCAUCAGCACCACUCGGAUUCGGCCAACUCGACGCCACCGCCCCAACCGCAGCCGACGAUUCUGGCGAUGCCGCCGCAGCAGCUGCCACAGAUGCCGGUGGUGGUGCCGCCGCAGCAGCAGGGCGCGGGCGUGGGUGCGGUGCCAGGCCCGAUUCCGAUUCCGGGCUUUCCGCAGCCGGCGCUAGCGCAGAUGAUCCCGGCCGAUGGCAGCAUGCCGGCACACGUGACCGUCGAGGGGCUCCAGCAGCUGCAGUUGAUACCUCAGGACUUUACGAUGCCACCGCCGUCGACCGUGCCGCACUGGCCGCUGCGCAACACCGUGUUCCACCAGACAUCGUUUCCGCCGCCGUCGUCGUCGUCGCCCCAUCUGAGCAAUCCGUCGUCGCCGAUCGCGAGCCGCACCGCAAGCCCCACGCGGAUCUUGCCGACGAGCAGCGUGCAGCAUCGGAUCAGCCGGAACCAGCAGGCGACGCCGGUCGAGCAGCGGUCGUCACAUGUGGGGGUGGGGCCACAGCAGGAUCAUCGGGUAAUGGAGCGUGGGGAUUCGCAGCAGCAGCAGCAGCAACAGUCGCUUAAGGCGCUUGAUGAGUCGAUGCUGUUGAACGUGGACCAAACGACGGCACUGACUCAGCUGCAGCAGCUGCGAAACGGGUACCGGCCGAGCCACAACACGCUGCCCCGCCAGUCGAACAAGCAGAGCUACGUCAAUCAAAUCCAGUACCAUCACCAGCAGCAGCAGCAGCAACAGUCUGGGUUCCACGGCACGCCGAGCGUUGGUUUGGGCAGUUUGACGCACACGCUGAACAACAUAAGUCUGAUUGACCUGACGCAAAAGUCGAGCAGCGACUCGGGCAGCUCGACGGGGGACAUUUCGCCGCCGGAGACGCCCGGUUUGAGUGCGGUCCCGCCGCCGCCGAAUGUGGUAGGUGGUGGCGGCGGGUUGAUCCGCAGCAGGUCGUCAAACUUGGGCCGGAUCAACGGGCGUCCAGACAAACAGCAACAGCAACAGCAGCAGCAGCAGCAAUUAGGUAGUUCUGUGAUAUAUACUCAGACGCAGCAGCAGCAAGUGUCCCAGCAGCAGCAACAGGUUCAAUCCCAGCAAUUUGUCGGCGGUAGUAACGAGAUAAUGGUAACUUCAGCUACUCAAAAUUUAAUUAAUAGUAAUAAUAACACGAAUACUAUGAACACUAGCAAUGGAAGUAACAAUAGCGUAGUGUCGGGCGCGGUCCUGAUCGGGCCCCCGACGCCAACGGCCGGUGGUGCGAACUUGGUUCUGAGCUCGCAGCCGCAGUUUACCCCCGCUCCCUAUCCACCAUAUCAUACGGCGGCACACUUGGCACCUACGUCGCGACCUACGCUCAUUGCUGCCGCCCCGGCGGGUUCCGCAUUCCGACCGCCGACCGUACCCGCUGCGUACCCGCCGCUGCAGCACAACGGAGAGAUUCUGUACCCGUACGCGGGUGGGCCGACCAUAGCCUUUCUGACUACCGCCGCGACGGCGCCUCCGCAGAACUUGCAGCAAACGAUGCGAUCAGCUGCCCAGACCACGCAGCCGCCGCCUCCACCCCAGCAACAACAGCCCCCACUCAUUCAGCCGCAGCAACAGCAACAGAAAGUGCCCACUGCGUACACUCCUCCUGUGGCCGUCGUUCCACCUCAGCACCCGUCGUCAGCGGCGUCCACCCCGACCGGAGGCGCGUCUUCGCUGUACUCGCCGCAGUCCUGCUUCAACUGUGGCUCCCAGAAGCACACCGGGCUGGACUGCCAGGAGUCCUCGAUGGAGGACGUCACGCGGAACUCGAUCUACAAGCUAGACUACAACGCGUCGCUGAUCGCUAGCCAACAGCUGGCCGCGGCCGCUGCUGCCGCCGCCCUGUCCGCUGCCGGUGGUGGCCCCACCCAGCCCAUUGUCGCACCCUCGUCGUCCUCGUCGUCGUCGUCGCCCGCGCUGGGCGUCGUGUCGUCCGUCGGAGUCGUUUCCCCCGCAGCACUGUCCGCCUCGGUCUCGAUGAGUCGAAUGAGCUUGGUUGAUGGCAAGGGCGAUGCCGCCGAAGUCGUCGUCGUCCCACACAGCCCCAGUCCGGUCCAUCAUCACUCGGCGGCAACGUCGUCGUCGUCGGCCACGACACUGCCAUUAGCAACACCUUCACAGCUCGUAGACGUCGCUACUUCUGUAUCAACACAAACAAUAAAUAAUCAAACCGAUAGCAGUAGUAGUAGCACGAUCAGUAAGUGAUUAUCAAUCUAAACAAACACACACACACACACUAACCAACCCCUUAAAAAGAGAGAAAAAAGUAAGUAAAAAAAACAACACAUAUUCUAUAAGAAGAACAACUAAUUAAAAAGUAACUAGCGAGUAUACUCUCCAAAAAAGGAUAAAAAAAAGUCUAAAAAAACUAUAGGUAAAAAAACAAACAAACAAACCCACAACAUAUUCACACACAGAGAGAGAAACAGACACACAAGUUCACACACACACCUCUAAAAUAGAGUGUCAGCGAAAAGGGACACAACAAUUAGGAAACAAAAAAACAGGAAGGUUUUUUUAGACGAUUAUGAUUAUUAUUGAGCCUACCCUAACUCCUCACCCCGCCGUGUGCACUCUCGCCAGCUAAAUUUUUCGAAAUUUUAAAAACCACUUUCCCGAGUCGUGUGCCAUUUUUGUUUUCUUCUUCUGUUUCUAAUCUUCCUUUUUUAACGUACAACGUAUGAAUGCAAGAGUUUUGAAAUUUUAAUCGAGUUUGCACAAUAAUUUUGUUCCGCCUUGACGAAAAAAGAAGCUUCAAAAGCUGCACUGAUUUGUGUGUACGAGGGUGGCGGCGGGGCGGGUUGGGGUUCGCGGGUGAAAAGAGUCACAGACUAAGCGAA